UUUCUGUCGUUGUCGAUUUUUCUGUCGUUGUUGUUGUGGUUGUCAACUUUGUUGUGGUUGUUGUUCUUGCAGUUGUUGUUGUUGUUGUUGUUGUUGUUGUCGGUGUUGUCGUUGUCGUCAUUAUUGUCGUAGUUGAAGUUGUCGUUGUUGUUGACGUUGUUUCUGUCGUUGUCGUCGUCGUUGCAACCGUCGUCGUUGUACUCGUUGUUGGUUUAGGUUUAGUUGUUGUUGUUGUUUGUUUUGUUGUCGUUAGUCUUGUUUUUGUUGUUGUUGGUUUCGUUGUUGUUGGUUCCGUUGUUGCUGGUUUUGUUGUUGGUUUCGUUGUUGUUGGUUUCAUUGUUGUUGGUUUCGUUGUUGUUGGUUUCGCUGUUGUUGGUGUCGUUGUUGUCGCUUUCGCUGUUGUUGGUUUCAUUGUUGUUGGUUUCGCUGUUGUUGGUUUCGUUGUUGUCGCUUUCGCUGUUGUUGGUUUCGUUGUUGUUGGUUUCGUUGUUGUUGGUUCUCUGGUUGUUGGUUUUAUUGUUGUUGGUUUUCUUGUCGUUGGUUUUGUUGUUGUUUCUGUUGUUGGUCUUGUUACUAUCACAGUUGUUCGUUUUGUUGUUAUUGCUGUUUUUGGUUUUGUCGUUGCCCUUGUCGUGUUUUCUCGUAUUACUGGUUUUCCGGUUGUUGUUGGCUUGCUUGUUGGUGUUGUCGUCAUAGUUGUGUUUUUUUUCGCAACUGUCACCGUUUUUGGUUUUAUUUUUGUCGUUGCAUUUUUUGCUGGCCUUAUUAUUAUCAUGCUUUUUGUUAUUUUCGUCGCUAUUUUCGUCAUUGCCAUCUUUAUUGCCGUUCUUGUUGUUGAAGGCGCCGCUAGUACUCGUAUUCUUGGCGGCUUUAUGGUGAUUUCUUUUACUGGUAGUAUGUUUCUAGCAGAUGUUUUUGGUGCGCGAUUCGCGAUUACUGCAGUUCCUGCGGGAUUGAUUACGGUUAAUGCACCUGAAAAUAUUUAA